CUACAGGUAUAUCAGGUAUUGUUGAUUCUGACAAUGGCUGAUGAAUUUGAAGACGGGGCAGAUUUAAACGCUCUUCUCCAAGCAGAACAGAGCGCGCCUCCCAACUACGGAAAUAACCCUGCUUCCUCAACAGCUCCGCGACAACCAGCAGCCAAGGUCCAGCAACCAAAGCCGCAAACCCUCCCUCCCAAGCACGCUCCCUCUGCGAUUCUCGUCUCAAAACGACAGAAAGGCAAUCCGAUAUUGAGUCACAUCAAGAUUCUACCCUGGGAAUAUGCAGAUAUACCAGCUGAUUAUGUCCUUGGAAACACCACCUGCGCUCUAUUCCUAUCCCUCAAGUAUCACCGGUUACAUCCAGAAUACAUUUACUCUCGGAUUCGCGGCAUAGCAGGAAAAUACCGUCUCCGCAUACUCUUAAUUAUCGUCGACAUCCCCAAUCACGAAGAUAACCUGAAAGAACUAUCCAAAACAUCCAUCAUCAACAACCUAACACUAAUGCUAUGCUGGUCUGCCACCGAAGCCGCGCACUACCUUGAGCUAUACAAGUCCUCUGAGAACGCACAACCUACUGCAAUCCGUACCCAGCAAGCACAAUCAUAUAAAGACUCCUUGACGGAUUUUGUGACUAUGCCUAGGAGCAUCAACAAGUCCGAUGCGGCGAGUUUGAUCUCUACGUUUGGGAGCUUGCAGAAUGCUAUCAAUGCACAACCUGAACAGAUUAGUGCUGUGCCAGGUUGGGGUGAGAGAAAGGUUAGGCAGUGGUGUAAUGCGGUGCGGGAGGAGUUUAUAAUCGAGACAGCGAAGGGUGCAAAGGCGCCGGAGAGGGGUGCUACGCGGGCUUUGGAGGAUAGAACUGUGACUCGUGAUGAAGAGGAAGCGAUGCGUUUGGCGGAAGCGGGGGAGACGAGAGCGAAUGUGCCAGAGGAUACUGAGACUGUCCAUGAUGCUGGUUCGCAUGAUGUUGGUGAGGACGAGGGUAUGAGCGAGGGAUUAACGGCAGCGCUAGCCAGGUUGCGAGAGAAUGGCGGCUGAGCAAGUGUUUCUUAUCUUGUUAUGACGGAUAUCAUUCAUCUAUUCCGGUUUGUGGGGAAAUCGUAACAAUAGGCUGGCCAGAACAGCUUGGCUACGCACCUACGAGUAUGCCCAAGUGCCGCAGGGAUCUUGACUGACAUAGAAUCAUGAGACGGAUUGUUGGACCUACAUCCACACUCAUGCGCGAGAUCAGCCGCUUCUGCUGCCCGCGUGUACUUGGGC